AUGGUUGCCAACGUUCUCCAACCAUACCGCCACAGCCCCCAGCUACCGCCACUGCCCCCAGCUACCGCCACGGACACCCGCUGCCCAUCGCAGAUGCUGCUGCUGACCGCCGACGCGGCUGGCCCACGCUGCCGCUCUCUGCCGCCUGCUGCUUGCUGGCGCUGGCUGCCCAGCGCUGACCCUGCCCGUACCACCACCGGGACGCUGCCCCCGCCAGCUGCUGCCAGUUACCGCUGCCUACCGCCCCAGCCACCUGCCCGCCACCGCUUCCUUCCGCUGCCGCCUGCCACCCUUGCCUGUAUCUCCUUGCCUCCGCCUGCCUGCCCGCACCCCCUGCUGCCAUUUACUGCUGUCUACCGCCGCCACCUGCAGCCCGCCACCUGCCACCUCCUCUGCUGCCACCAGCCUCCGCUGCCUAAACUCGACGGUGUCUGCCACGCUGCCAACCUACCGCCGCCAACUGCUGCCGCUGCUCCCUGCAGCCCGCUUGCCUCCGCUGCCUGCGGCCACUGCUGCCUGCUUCCCACACUGCCUGCCCCCACUGUGGCCCGCCCCCCCCCCGCCCCCUACCCCCGCCUGCCGCCGCUUUCUACCACCGCUUAUGGCUGGCUGCGAUUAUCAGCCGCCGCUUCCUGCCUGGGCCCUGGGGCCUGCAGCCCGCCACGGCCUUCUGCUGCUUACCUACCACCGCCGCCUACCACCGCCUGCUGCCACUUACCACUACCCGCCACGCCAGCCCAAGGCCACCACACGCCUAUCGCUGCCGCCUACCUAACGCUGCUGCCUGGCCCUGCCACCUGCCGCCGCUUCCUCCCGCCGCUUACCACUGCCUGCCCCCCGGGGUCUGCCGGCCGCCACUACCUGCCCCCAACACCUGCCCGCCGCCGCUUCCUGUCGCCACUGCCUGUUGCCACCUGCAGCUACUGCGUACCCCCAGUGCUGCAGCCUGCCUGCAACUGUCUGCCACCUGCCUGCCGCAGCCUGCCCGCCCCCGCCCCCUGCCGCCACCGCCGCCUGCUACCUCUUGUUGCCGCGGCCCCCUGCCCCCACCACUUGUUGCCACCUGCGGCUACUGCCCGAUGCAGCCGCAGACUCCACCCGCUGGUGCUGCCACCGCUGCCCCCUCUGCUGCUGCCCGCUGCCGCCUGCCACCGACUGCCACCGCCUGCCUGCCGCUGCCUGCCGCCACUGCCCACCAGUGCUGCCACCGCCGCCUGCCACCGCCUGCCUGCUGCCGCCACCAGUCAGUACUACCACUGCCGCUACCGCUGCCGCCUGCCUAAUGCUGCUGUCUGCCACCUGCCUGCCCCCGCCGCCUGCCUGCUGCCGCCGCCUGCUAUAUCCUUAAACCACCCGCGGCCCUUACCUGCCCCUGCCUCCUCCUGCCACCUUCGCCCGCCACCUGCCUCCUCUGUCUGCCGCCGCUUCCUGCCACUGCCGCCUGACACCGCUACCGCCGCUUCCUGUUGCCGCCUGCCUGACGCAUGCCGGGGCUUCCUGCCUGCCGCCCCAGCUGCCUGCGUCCCACCGCUUCCUGCCGCCGACGCCUGCUACCUCCUCGCACCGCCCGCCUCCCUUGCUUGUGGCUGCCUGACUGCCAGCCACGGCUUACCACAGCCUGCCCGCGCUGCCGCCUGCUGCCACUGCCGCCUGCCUUCGCUUCCUGCUGGGGCUGCCUGCUACUACCUACCACCACCGCCUGUCUGCCAACCCUGCCUGCCGCCGCCCGCCGUCCUUGCCUGUGUCCCCCUGCCUCCGCCUGCCUGCCCGCACCCCCUGCCGCCGCUUACCGCUGCCUACCGCCGCCACCUGCCGCCACCACCACCACCACCUGCCUACCGCGGCCGCUUGCAGCCCGCUGCCGACAUUGCCUGCCACCGCCUGUCUGCCCCGACUGCCCGCUGCCCGCUACAGCCCACUGCCGCUUCCUUACCACCGCCGCCUGCUGCCGCUUACCACUGCCCGCCACCGCAGCCUGCCACCACCGCAUGCCUACUACUGCCGCCUCCCAACAGCUGCAAUUCCCGCCUUCCUAACACUGCUGCCUGCGGCCACCACUUGUCCCCGCCACCCGCCUGCCACUGCUUCCUGCCACCACCGCCUGUUGCCAUCUGCGGCUACUGCCACCAGCCUCCGCUGCCGAACCUCGACGAUGCCUGCCAACAUUGCCUGCCUACCGCCGCCACCUGCUGCCGCUGCCCCCUGCAGCCCCCUGCCUCCCCCUGCCACCUGACCCUGCCGCCUGCCGCCACUUUCUGCCACCGCUUACGGCCGGCUGCGACUGUCAGCCGCCGCUUCGUGCCUGGCCCCUGCACCCUGCAGCCCGCCAGGGCCUGCUGCUGCUUACCUACCACCGCCGCCUACCCCCGCCUGCUGCCACUUACCACUACCCGCCACGGCAGCCCACCGCCACCACAUGCCUACCGCUGCCGCCUACCUAACAAUGUUGCCUGGCCCUGCCGCCGGCCGCCGCUUCCUCCCGCGGGUUACCACUGCCUGCCCCCGUCUGCCACCUCUUGCCGCCGCCGCCCCCUGCCUGCCCCUAGCCGGGGUCUGCCGGCCGCCACUACCUUGCCCCCACCACCUGCCCGCCGCCGCUUCCUGCCGCCACUGCCUGUUGCCACCUGCGGCUACUGCAUGCCCGCGGCGCUUCCGGCGCCCCUCCCUACGCUGAGGCACGCUGCCGCCGCUGACCCGCCUGCUGCUGACCCCGCCCCUAUCGCGGCGCCUGCUUCCCCCUCCGCCGAUGCAGCCGCAGACUCCACCCGCUGGUGCUGCCACCGCUGCCACCUCUGCUGCUGCCCGCUGCCGCCUGCCACCGCCUGCCACCGCCUGCCUGCCGCUGCCUGCAUCCACUGUCCACCACUGCUGCCACCGCCGCCUGCCACCGCCUGCCUGCUGCCGCCACCAGCGACUGACGCCAGCACUACUGCUGACGCCGCCCACGCUGCCGACGCAGCCGCCCGCUGCAGACGCAGACGCCACCCGCUGGUGCUGUCACCGCUGCCACCUCUCCUGCUGCCCGCUGCCGCCUGCUACCGACUGCCACCGCCUGCCUGCCGCUGCCUGCCGCCACUGCCCACCAGUGCUGCCACCGCCGCCUGCCACCGCCUGCCUGCUGCCGCCACCAGUCAGUACUACCACUGCCGUCUGCCACUGCCGCCCCCUGCUGCCGCUUACCUCUGCCUGCCGCCGCCACCUGCCUUCUCCAACCACCGCUCUUGCGUGCACCCGCCUCCUGCUGCCCGCCGGCAUCCGUGGCCGCCUGACUGCCUCCGCAUCCUGCCGCCGCCUGCCACCGCCGUCUGCUGCCGCAGCCUGGCUCACCGGGCCCAGCUACCUAACCCCGAGGAUGCAUGCCAACGCUGCCUGCCUAACCCCACCACUGCCGGCACCGUCUGCCUACCGCUGCCACCUGCCAAUUGCCACAGCUGCCGUCUGCCUAAUGCUGCUGUCUGCCGCCUGCCUGCCCCCGCCGACUGCCUGCUGUCGCCGCCUGCUAUGUCCUGGCACCACCCGCGGCCCUUGCCUGCCGUGGCCUGCCCGCCAGCCGCUGCUUACUGCAGCCUGCACCUGCUACCUCCUACCUGCCGCCUCCGCCUGCCUACCGCUGGCACCUGGAACCGGCUGCCCGCACUGCCGGCCGCCACUGCAGCCUCCCUCCUCCUGCCACCUUCCCCCGCCGCCUGCCUCCGCCGUCUUCCGCCGAUUCCUGCCACCGCCACCUGA